AUGAACACCGAGCCCUCCAUCGGUCGUCGUUUCGGGACGUUCGGUGAUGCUUGCUUGCUUGGGGGCCUGGAACCAACUGGCACCAGUGCCGGGUGUUGUUGUCGCUUGAGCACUGCGUUAUCAGGUCCGUGGCUGCGUGUCAGAUCGGAGUCAGUUCUCCGCCGAUCAUUCCACAUCACAUCUCGUCAGCCCGUCACUUCAUCAACCACUCCUCUCUCACUUCUCUCUAUCCACGAACUCGACCUCCAAGGGACAUCCAAGGAAACAGCAAUGGUCGCCCCUCCCCCCGCCGCGAACCAGAACAACCUCCCGCCCGAAGGCGGGCUGGUGCAGGAUGCCCUCCUCGGCAUGAAGUACAAGUACAUUCGCGAGCAGCCGACCACGCUCGUCGUGACCAUCACCCCGCAGGGAAAGGGGCACCCUAACUCGUACCACGUCGUGGACGACAAGGGCCUGCUCAUCAUCCAGACCAAGUCGGACGGGUCGAAGACGAACAUCAUCUUUGACGGCGAGGGCGGCGAGCUGCUCUGCAUGUCGCCCAACCUCAUCACGAUGCACCACUCCAUCUCGGGCACGCACGGCGGACAGGACGUGUACAAGGGUUCCGUGCACUCUGGAUACACUGACGCCCACCCAGCCGGCGGCGAGUCCGAGUACCGCGCCACGUACACCAACCACGACACAAACGUGACGACCGAGGUGGACUACUACGGCCCCUGGGAGGAGCACGACGGCAAGAUCAUCGACCACAGCCAGCAGGACCGCGUGCUCGCCAAUGUGUGCCGGGAGAACAUCUUUGACUCCAACAUGCCCCGCAUCGCCGCCGCGGGACCGGGCACCGAGUACUUCCUCCAGGUCGUUGCUGGGGUUGACCUCGCGAGCGUCGCGACGAUUGCGGUUGGGUUUGACAUGAUACUCGAGCGCGACCACAAGAAGUAA